AUGCCCGCCGACUCGGUGUCGCCGCCGCGGCCGCGUGCCCGCCGGCACUCGCUCUCCGACGAUGAGGACACAGGCUCGAGGCGCAACCACGGCGACCGCGACAGGCACCGCCGAAAACGGGCGUCGCGCAGCCCCACCGACUCGCGCGAGAAGCACCACCGCUCGCGCCGCCAUCGCGACGAUGACUCGCCCGCGCGGUCAGACGACGAGCGGGCAGCACGCAAGCGCGGGAGGGACCGCAGCCGAGAAGGACGACGUCAGAGCAAAAGCAGGAGCCGGAGCAAGCACAGGCACAGGAGCCGCAGCAAGGACGCCGCUCGGGACCGGUACGAGAGGAAGCGCCGCUACGACGAUCGUUCGACCAGCCCGCGCCGCCAUCACCACCACCGCUCUGAGCGACGCAAGGACCGCGACGCGUCGCCCCGCCAUUCGCGUCGCAGCAGGCACGACCGCCACGACCAUCGCUCGCGCUCGCGCUCUCCCAAGCGCCGCAAGCCAUCGGCGAGCCCGGAGCUGCCCCACAAGCGCUCCGCGAAACCGCUUCCCUCACAGGAAGCUGCCUACAAAGGCAGCGGCGAUGGUCCGGGCGAAGCGGGCGAGCCUGCUGUAGAGAAGCAGAAGCCAAACUUCAAGCAGACCGGCCUGCUCGCUCGCGAGGCCAACACGGUCAACGUUGCCGGCACCGAUAUCGUCUUGAAGUACAACGAGCCGCCCGAUGCACGGAAGCCGCCUGCGCGCGACGACUGGCGGCUGUUCGUCUUCAAGGGCCAGGACUGCCUCCAGACGGUCGAGCUGGGAAGCCGUAGCUGCUGGCUGAUAGGGCGCGAGGCUGCAGUCGCAGACAUGCUCGUUGAACAUCCGAGCACCAGCAAGCAACAUGCUGCGUUGCAGUUCCGCCACACCAUCCGGGUCAACGAGUACGGCGACAAGGAUGCGAAGGUCCGACCCUACCUCAUCGACUUGGAGAGCAGCAACGGGACAUUUCUGAACGGGAAACAAAUCGAGCCGACGCGGUUUGUAGAGGCCAUGGACAAAGAUGUCAUUAAAUUUGGGUUAAGCGAGCGGGAGUACGUCCUGAUGCUUGCAGGGGCAUAG